CUGAAGGAUGGGGAAGUUGAUGAUGACAAUGAAGAUGAUGAGGAGGCAGCACGUUGCGGCGGAAAAGUCGGCCAUGGAUGCCAUUUGGUGAGAGGGAAGAUGGACCAUGAAAUGGAAGAUUAUGUAGAGGCAGAGAACAGGAAAGUGGAUGGCUAUGAGCUCGGAUUGUAUGCAAUUACGCUGACCUCGCAUGUCUGGGUUUUUGCUUCAUUUAGCUCCGACUUCUGGAGGAACCCGAAGAGUGCCAUCAGGAGAGCGUACAAGACCGCGGACCAAGAGAUUCUGGAACACGUUGUGAGCCGACGUGGUGGAUCAACCGCAGUCACAACCAUACUAAUUGAUGGGAAGACGUUGGUUGUGGCAAACGUGGGCGACUCGAGGGCGGUCUGCCUCGGGUGGAUGGGCAGCUGGCAAUGUUUGGGGCGUUUGGAGAUGCAAAGCGGAAAGAUCACAUCUCUUUAG